GUUAAAAUCAAUUCAGUUUUAUUAUGUGCAGGAAGUCAUGCCUGAACUGGCCUUCCCUUUAUUAAAUCUCCUACUACACAACCUUGGAACAUAAAUGAGUAGUUGUGCCGGCUAAAGGAAGCAUGAUAUGAGGUAAUUUACAGUACGGUCAUCAUGAAGGCUUUUCAUUCUCGUUCUGCACAGCUUGGCAGUGCAGUGUCCGGUCAUAUACUGCGGCCCCACCCUCCAACCCCGUUGAGGCCGAUUCGGGCCCCGAGUAACCAGGCAUUACCACCAAAACGGCAUACUUUCGGUCAAUAUCGUGGAUUCAAGGGAGCGUCGACGGCAGCACCUCCAAAACCACCGUCGUUUGCCUUUGCCUUCGACAUUGAUGGUGUACUACUACAUGUCGCCAAGCCCAUCCCCGGUGCCACCAAGACCCUGGAAAUGCUCCAGAAAGAGAACAUACCCUUCAUCCUACUCACCAAUGGCGGCGGCAAGCAUGAGCUGCACCGCGUGGCCGACUUAAGCGCCAAGCUUAGUGUCAAGCUAACCACGGACAACUUCAUCCAAUCGCACACGCCCUUUCAGGAGCUAGUCCGCCAUGGGCCCGAUGGCAAGGGCGAGGGUCUGCGCGAUAAGAAUAUACUCGUGACUGGCUCCGACGGUGGGAGGUGCCGCGAGAUUGCCGAGGGCUAUGGCUUCAAGCAUGUGAUCACGCCCGCCGACAUCCUCGCCGCGGAACCAGCCAUUUGGCCGUUCGAGCCACUCAUGAAGGAGGUAUACGCGGCGACAGCGCGGCCCCUACCGUCCCCAAACCCCAAGAUCGACGCUAUCUUCGUGUUCAACGACCCACGCGACUGGGCCCUUGAUAUUCAGAUCAUUAUGGAUCUACUCCUGUCGUCCGGGGGCGUACUUGGCACAUACUCGAAAAAGAACGGCAAGCCAGAUCUGCCGGACAAAGGGUGGCAGAGUGACGGCCAGCCGCCUUUGUUCUUCAGCAACCCGGACCUGUUCUGGAGCUCAGGGUACGCGCAGCCGCGGUUUGGCCAGGGCGCCUUCCAAGCGGCGCUCAGGGGUGUCUGGGAGGAGAUCACGGACCGGGCGGCGCCGCUCAAGAGCACAACGAUCGGGAAGCCGCACGCCUGGACGUACCGCUACGCCGAGCGGGUGCUCAACGCGCACCGCGCACAGCUACUCGGUACCCCACCUAAGAACCUCGAGCCCCUGCAGAACGUCUACAUGAUAGGCGAUAACCCGGCAAGCGACAUCCGCGGCGCGAACGAGUACAAAAGUGACGUUGGGACGCCCUGGACCUCGGUGCUCGUCCGCACGGGCGUCUGGAGUCCGGAGCGAGGUGGCCCGCCGGCGUUCGAGCCCAAGGUAAUUGUUGAUAAUGUGGAGGAAGCAGUGAAUUGGGCGCUCGCGCGGGAGAGGGAAAAGGGGCGGUAUUAAGUGGAGUGACUUCUAAUUCUACAUACUGUCGAUAAUCAUACGACAUUGAAUUUGGGUAGGUGCUUGGCCGUCUGUCGCUGUCCCGAUUCAAGUGCCCAGGUAGGGAGGCUAGGGUUCUUGCAUUUACAGAGGUAGGCAUUUCUAGACAUUAGGUAUUAUAUAUCUAACCUACCUAACUAAUGUUUGCUUUACUCGAGUUGAGAUGAUGGUGCUCUCCCCCUUUUUUUUCCCCCUUUACACAUCCUGUGUGAUGGGAAAACCUCGCUGAUGCUGGAUUAAUAUACAUACUAUUUUCCAAUUCUAUAGAAUUAGAGUUUCCAAGUUCAAGUCCUAGUCUAUUUGCACGUGUGAUCAGACA